GCAAUCCAUCAUGGCGGACGGCGAUGGCAAGCCAGCUGGAACAGAACAACCAGGUAAAAGUUGAAAUCUUGCUCCGGUUUAGUGUGCAUUUUAAUAUAAUUUCUUUUGAAAACAUUGAUAUAUCCUAAUAUUUUUGAAAGGUGGCAGCAAGAAAAGAAACUACAGGAAAGACAAGCGUAAGUCUAAAGUUUUAUACAUGCACGUGUAUCACAACUUUAAAAACAUUCAUGCUCAAAUUAAACUUAGAUAGACUUGAGACAGAAAAUGUCUCGAGUAGGGUUCAACCCAAAUCAAAUUUUAUUUUAUUAUACGUCCUGUAAACUUUAAGAAUGUGAUCGUUUAGUGUUUAAUUUGAAGCGUGAAUAGUCUUUGUGUUGUCAUUGAUCCUCAGAUAUAUUCGAUAGAUUUGAUUUACUUGAUGCAUACACGUUUGUUGAUCUUUUCGUUCCAUGUUUUCUUAGCCUGGGAUCACGAGGGAAUUGACCAUUGGAAAAUCGAGCCAUUCUCAAAUGAAGACAAUCCUCAUGGCAUGAUGGAGGAGAGUUCGUUUGCAACUUUGUUUCCAAAAUAUAGAGAAAAAUACCUGCGGGAAUUCUGGCCUUUGGUGGAAAAGAAGUUGAAAGAAUCUGUAAGUUUAUUCAUACGCUCAAGACACUCACGUGUGAAUAAUGAACCUUUGGUACAAAAGAAAUUGUCAGAAAUGUGAACUUGCUCUUAUGGAGUCCACUGUUGAUUUAUUAAAAAUAAUUAUCAUGGCUAGAUGGAACACAUGUGCUGGUGACAGAUCAUGGAAAAAUUUAGAAAAACAUUUUAAAUGAAUGCCUAUACUGUUACUGGAGUGUUAAGGAAUGUCUGGUGAGAGACAGGCUGGCUGAGAAGUGUGAGCAAUUUCCUGCUAAUGCAAAGGCUCAAUUUUGAUUCCUUACCUUAGCAUCACAAGUGGGUUGAUUUUGUAGUUAGUUUUCAGAGUUGUGUACAAGUCUCAGUGGCUGCCUUCCCUUAAGCCUUUGGCCUGUAAGAGUUACUAGAAUCUUUUUUCCUCUUACAAUAUCACCCCCUGAAUCACACACUAAGGUCAUGAGAAUGAAGAAAAUGAUCAUUGACUUAAGGAGCUCUAGAUUGUUAAACAAAUUCUCCUUGUCAGCACCUCAGGAAAUGUAUAGAGAACAGUAUGGAGAAUAUGCAUACUGAUGUUAGGGUGUAAAGGGUUAACAGAAACCAAUGCUCAAGUCAAAUUCAGAUUUGAUUUUAAAUCUGUGGACCAAGAACCACUCCAUGGAUAUGCAGGCAUUGAUUUUCAUCUAGUUGUUUAUUUUUUCAAGAUUUUUUUAAAAAUACUUUCAGGGGUUAAAGUGUCAGCUUGAUGUUAUUGAAGGAAGCAUGACAGUAAGUACAACACGGAAGACGUGGGAUCCUUAUAUCAUCAUCAAGGCCAGAGAUAUGAUCAAACUUAUGGCAAGAAGUGUUCCAUUUGAGCAGGUUUGUGACAUUUACAUUUACAUAACAUUUACCGCAUGGUAAGAACUAAUUAUUGAUAUCAACCCUUUGACCACUAAGACUGAUUGGCAUCUAAUUUCUCCUUACAAUAUCACCCCUGAAUCAAACUGAUCACCAACUAAAGAAGCUCUCGAUUGUUAAACAAAUAUUCCUUGUGACUAUUAACCUUUAUAAGAUAGCCUAAGAGCUUUUUGAGAAAAAAAUCCCACCCCUUUUUUUUUUCUUUUCUUCAGGCUCAGCGUGUUUUAGAAGAUGAUGUUGCAUGUGACAUUAUAAAGAUAGGAUCCUUAGUUCGUAACAGAGAAAGGUUUGUAAAGAGAAGACAGAGGCUUCUUGGUCCAAAUGGGGCAACAUUAAAGGUCAGUGAGAUGGUUUGUUUGACAGAUUUUAUGUUACAAACCAAUCUGGGUAGUGAAUCUCGAAAAGCACUGCAUUUAUUUUGUCUGUUGUAAUUCAUUUCAAUCCUCUCCAUCUUUGACUUCAUUGUUUCUAUUGGUUAACCACAAUUGCCUCCAUCUUUUUGUAUUACUUUAGUCACGUUAUUUACCAAAUGAGUUAUUAUUUUAAUUUUAGUCUUAUUUCAGAGGACUUACAUUUAAAAUAUAUUUUUCUUCUAAAGGCUCUUGAAUUACUCACGCAAUGUUAUAUCAUGGUACAAGGCAAUACUGUGGCAUCCCUUGGUCCAUACAAAGGACUUAAACAGGUGAGAGAAUCUUCCCUGUUUUUAUGAAUAUAACUGAUUUUAUGUCUCAUUUUUGAAGUUUUGAAAUUUUUGAUUUUGUGUACAAGAGUGGAGGCCUUUUUUAGCCCUUUCCCUCCCAAUAUCUUAUUAGUAAUUCUCCUCUCUGUCUGCCGUACAAUUCUUAUGAUGUUAUUUCAGAUAAUUUGGUAUUGGAGCAGCUCAUAAUCCCAUGAUUGAUAUUUUUUUAUUCUCUUCACCUACCUGUUUGAUAUUGUAUUGAUAUUGUAAGGAUAAAUUCUGUUGUGGUCCUUCACAGCAGUUAAAGGGUUAAAGUCCUGUUCAUUUUUUGUUUUGAAAAACUUAACUAACUACAGACUUAAGAUAGAUCAUCAAAUUGUGUUUAACUCUUGAACUCCCAAGAUAUGAUUGUUACUUCCCCAUCUGACUGCUGCACAUUUCUCUUGAUUGUUGAACAAAUUCUCCUUGUCAGCACAUCGGGAAAUGUGGGGAGAACAGCCCUGGCAUCUAAUUUUUCUCUUUAACAUCACCCUUAAUAAGAAUUAUUCUCCUUGUCAGCACAUUAGGAAAUAUGGGGUGAACAGUAUGGAGAAUAUGCAUAAUGAUAUAAGGAUGUGAGGGUUUAAGUAAACAACACUGGACUUGUAUCCCAUCCAAGAAAGGUCUCAAUACGUCUUGUUGCUGCAUGCUUCCAUCAGAAGCUCGGAUAAGCAUCAACUAUCACAGGGCAACCUGUUUCUUGAAAUUUAUACCAAAAUUGUGAAGUGCUGAUUUUUCUUUUUUCAUUAGGUGCGUAAAGUGGUGGAAGAUACGAUGAAAAACAUUCAUCCAAUUUAUAACAUCAAGGUUUGUGCAAAUUUGUCGAAAAUGGUUUCAAUUUUGUAAUGGCAAUAGAUGGUACAUUUUUACAUGACUGAGGAUUGAUAAUUUAAAAUACAGGACUUCCCAAGAUCUCAGGGAGCCUAUAAAAUCAAAUUUUAAUGAUCAGUUUUUUCAUAGUGAUGUACCUGACUCUUUUCUCUCUUGUAGACACUGAUGAUCAAAAGAGAGCUAGCUAAAGAUCCAGAGUUAAAAAAUGAAUCUUGGGACAGAUUUUUACCCAAGUUUAGACAGACCACCACAAAGAAGGUGAAGAAAGCCAAGUUCAAGAAGAAGGAAUAUACUCCAUUCCCUCCACCUCAAACAGAGAGCAAGGUAACAUGAAUAAUUUUAGUUCAAAUCAUACUUACCAAGACAUUGCUUCCCUAUGCAUAACUUUUUUUAUGCAUAGGGAAGUAUCAGGUGUGUGCUUUUUAUUGAAAUUUAAGAGCAUGAAAUUUCUUUUAUUAUGGAGAAUUACUUUUCCAUAUUAGGAACCCUACCCUCCCUCCCCUCCCCUCCCUUUCUUUUAGUUAUGAUUUGAGACCUGAGACCAAAGAAUUUGGAUAUGGUCGGAAACGUAGAAUGUGGGAGACACUACAGAGACAUAAUGGUUGGCACUAGAGUGGGCGUUGAGAGUUCCGUGUUUGAGACAUAGCUGCAACAUUCUGUUGUGUUCUUGGGCAAGAACUAUAUUGUCACAGUGCCUUCUUGACUCAGGAGUAUUAUUGGGUACCUGUGAACUGCUAGAGUAGCCUAACAAAAUACUAGAGUGUGACCUGCAAAGGACUGCUAACAUACCAUCUCUUAUGAGUGGCAACAGUCCUAGUUCCUUCAUGCUACAAAGAUUGAGACAAGUUUUAGUAACUUGUACAUGUAGGCUGCUUUGCUUUAGAAGCAUGCCAAUGAUUAGUUUUGGUGUUUUUAGAGGGAAAAUGUUUUUCAAAGUGCACUUUUUGCAGAACAUUAAGCCAACUUUUGACUCAUUGAUGUGACAUGCACAUGGGAAAAGCAAAUAACUCCACACUGGUUGUCACGCUAAUUGACAUAUUGACUCUAAAGAUUUGUUUUCUUCUUUUAGAUUGAUAAACAGUUAGCCAGCGGUGAAUACUUUCUACAAGAAAAAGAAAGGAGACUGAAAGCUCAACAGGAAAAGAAGGUAGAGAUUACACCUGAACGAUGAUAGUUCCUACAUGUGCAAUUCUUCAGUCUUUUGCUCUCAAUUCUGGAUCACAUAGUUAUAGUUGAGUCUCCACUUACUCUCGUUUCUCCACAAGAGCCACAACAGUAAGGGCUAUCAAAGAGUAUCCUGACUUCCAAAAUAACCUCUCAACAUCAGGCAAUUAACCCUUUAACUCCCAAGAGUGACUGAUAUCUUAUUUCUCCUUACAGUAUAAUUGCUAAAUCAAACAUUUAGGUGAUGAGAAUAAACAAAAUGAUCGCCAAGUAAAGAACCUCUGAGUUUUGAUCAGAUUACAUAGUUAUUUACUACACUGAGUAUUUUACAUAACAUUGAAUAGAGGAUAAUGCAUGGGGGCACAUAGAUAUGGAAUUUCUCACAUGUGAGUGCAGAGAAUGAGUGAAAUAUGGAGUUGUACAUGAGAAGAGAAAUUCUUUAUCAACAAGCAACCAAGUAUUAUUUUUUGUAUUAUAUAAUCAUCAUGGGCAAGACAAGAAAAUUCAACAAAUGACCUUGGAUUGAUAAUAGUGAAUGCUUGGCCACUCAUUCAUCAAACUGAUUUAUAACAUAGCUAGUAAAUUUGUCUAAUCAAAUUCAAUUGCGUGAGCCUGCUUCAUAUUCCUAUUGUGCAUGCUCAUGACGUCAGCAAACAUACCCCUCAAGAAAAAAAUUUUCCAUUGGGUUGAAAAUGUUAUAAAAGAAUUGGUUUAGACGUCAGCUGUGCAUUCAUUGAGAUAUGAAGCACUUGGGAAGUGUAGAGAACACUCAAGAAGCUAGAGUUGCUCGAGGCAUUUCGUGCUCUCCAAACUUCCUGUGUGCUUCAUAUCUCGAUGAACGCACAGCUGACGGAUGAACCAAUUGUUAAACAAUGGCCCAAAAGGAGAGUGACGUGUCAGCAGUUGAUUGGCAUAAUCAAACACACUUAAAAAAUUAUCAUCAAUUUGCAAAUGUGCAGUUACAGCUAUUCUCUUGGCUGGAAAUCCUUGUGAAACAUUGUAGUUUAUAUAACAAAGAUAUUUAAACUUUGAACAAGAAAGCUUUCCUGCGACAUCCGACAUCCUUGUGUUGGCCACUUCUCUGAAAUGGCUGUUUUCUUCUCUCUCUCAAAGGUGACUGUUGUAUAUCUUUUUGACUGUACUUGUGGUUGAUAGUUUGAGCUUAAAAUCAAUCCUUAUCGCAUCAUAUUUUGACCAACAGAACCGUCAAGUGGCUGCAGAAGGAAAGCGAAAAGCUCAACGGGAGCAGGCGUUCAUUCCACCUGUGGAGGAAAGACCUAAACAAGAAAACAAGAAGAAAGGUGAGAUCCACAGGCUGUACAUGCCCACCUAGAAAAAGAAAUAUACUCAAGCACAGCCCCAAUUUCUAGCACUCAGCACUACAGGACAAGUGUUUUUCUACUGCUGGAAGAUUUUAGACAGGUCAAGGAGAGGUCUUCCAAGGGUCUGGCACUAAUCAUCUCAUAAUUAGUGCCAGUGCCUUUGCAGACUUCUCCAUAGUUUGCUAUACUCAAAGACUCAGACUUUCUCACUGGCAAAGAAACUAUUGCAUUGCUUGAAUUGUUGUUCUCUCUUUUGUAGCUUUUACAACCUAACUACUCAUCACUUAUUAGCAAUAGUCUCUGUGAUAAGCUUCCACUGAGGAAAGAAGUACUGGUAACUUUCAGCAUUGAUGUGCCUAUUUUGCUUAAAAAAAAUGUUAUUUUUAAAAUGAUGAUUGUAGCAAAUGACAGCAAAGUGGAUGUGGAAGCCUUCAAAAAGAAAAUAAAAAAUUCACAGGUAAGAUGGUUAUUUAUUAGCUUAACCUUUUCUUCUUUACUAUACAUACAUGUACUGUGAAAUUAAUUUGCUUGAUAGACAAAAAAAAAUUAGACUCUCAAUACUAACAUUGAUUUGAAUGUUGUCACUUCAAUGUAAUUUGCAGUUAUUUAACUGGUAUACAGGAGUUGAGCAGUUUUAAAAUAAAUCCUUUCAUCUGCAGACAAUUUCCUCUGUUUAGUUUUAAAUUUUUUACCAUAUCUUCUUUCCUUUUUUUUUUUUUUUUUUUUGACAGAAAAGAAAAGUUGCUGAAACAAGCAAAACAGUAGCUCCCACGAAAAGUAAAAAGGUCAAAAGAUAAGAAUGUAAAUAGUGUAUUAUCGGAAAUCAAUUUAUGGAAAUAGACAUGCCUCUUGGCCCCCCCUUUCCCCCCCCCCCCCCAUAAAAUGCUGUUGCUGUAGUCUGCUAUGGUGUCAGAGGAGUUUUCCCCAGAAGGAUUUUGCAGCGAAGGUCAUCACCUUAAUAUUUGAGAAGAUAGCAACAAAUGACAAAUUCCAUGGCGCUCAUCUAAGACAAUUGUGUAGUGAGGAUCAAAGAAAAUGUUCUAUUUGUUCAGUUUUAUUCAAUUUAAUACACUUUCUCGAUACAGUUAUUUUAUUUGAUGUGCAACGUUCCACUUCAGUUUCAUUUUCGUUGCCAGCUUUGUUACUUUUUUUAAAAGUGUUCAAUGCCAUCAAGAUGAAUGAUCGUCAAUUGAUUUCAAUAGCAGUACAGUAAGAAAGAAUGGAUUUAACACUGUUUUAAGUAGUGUUUAUUGAGAACUUUUUCUAUUAAAAGUGAGUACUUCUUUUAAUAUGUAACCUACUUGAACAAGCUGGCAAGGGCAGGUGUUCUGGAAUUAUGUUCAAAUAAAUUCUUUUAACCCUCUGUAUUUUGUUUUACCUUCAACUGGCAGUUUAAACCACAAAUGCAGAUGCAAAGGUGUAGGGGUCACACAGUAGCCACCUUAACCCUCUACAACGUAACAUUAGUAUGCAUAUUCUCCAAACUGUCCUUUACACAUUUCCAAGGGCGCAGACAAGGAGAAUUUGUUUCACAAUCAAGAGCUGCCUUAGUUGAGGAUCAUUUCCUCUACUCUCAGUACCUUUAUGUUUUGAUUCAGGGGUGAUAUUGUGAGGAGAAAUUAGAUAUUAGUCAGUCACAGGGGUUAAAGGGUUAAAAAGGAUUACAUGUUAACUGCUCACAAGCCAGAUUAGACUGUAAGCAAACUAGGACGUACAAAUUACGUUUUGAAACUUGCUCUUGCAACCAUACCAGCCUGCGUUUUGCAUUGUCCAUUUGACCUAAACGAUAGACUGUCUGCUAGCAUAGGUGAAUUAUUUUUCAACAAGGCCCUUUGAUGAGCAUCGUAUUGCAAACUUUGAUUCAAUUCUUGCGCUCAAUUCUUUUGUGAAAAACGCUACGGAGACACCUAUCAUAACCCUGCUCAAAAAGACUGGGUCGGGUGAUGUGAAGGUUUCGUGACCCCAACGUCCUUCCAGUUCAAACAGUGAGACUCUUGUUUUGAAGGAUUUCCAAAAUUGUGAGGUAAGUUCUUUGCUGUUAUUGUGUGUACAAGUGGAUGCCUGGAUAAUUUAUCGUCUUUUUCCGUUUUAAUAGCUGAGAGAUUAGGAAUAGGCUUUGGCGGUGAAAUUGCACACGAUGCGAGUGGCGGUUCCUCUGGCAUUUUUGUUGGCUACGAUUUCGCUUUACUAUUGGAAACACGGUCUAGUUAGUCAAUCUUGAUCCUUAUUCUGUAGUUUAACCGUAAGAGUAAUGUUGGUGACAAAUUGUAACAACUUCAAGCGUUGAUACCGCCAGAUAUCUAAUUUUUUAAAUUGGGGUAUUAAAAUGAAUGUAGGUGACGCCGGCUUGAUUUCCGUUGUUUGCUCGUCUAUGCUUUCUCACUUCUGACCAUGGUCCUCGCGUUUCACCGACGUUUGGCUAUAAUGUAAAUGUGCAAACUUCAAGACCAGUGAAUGAAUUUUUCAAGUUCGAAUUCUUCAAUAUGCAUUUAAAUCUGCAGCUGGCACUUAUGCUAAAGUAAUGAAUUCCGAGGCAUCCUUUGAUCGUUAUGUCUAAUUUGAAAACAUUUAUCUUCUGGAAAGGCCAUCCGAUUAGUAUUAUUGUUUUCCAGAAAGGUCUUAAGCUCGUUGUCAAGUUUUAAACCUUUGUCCACUUAAUAGUAACAAUUUGAUUUGAGGGCAAAAUACAGGAUAAGCAAUGCUUUACUAUACCUGUUCAGUUCUGCGCUAUGUGAUUAAGUUUGAAUCCAACCGGAUUUUUAUGCUUUUGAAUAACUUAAUGAUCACUGGACAAUAGUCAGAUUUUUGGGAUUGAAGUCAGCAGCUAUGGCGGACAGAAAUAACAAAAAUGACAGCAUAUGCGCCUUUUUCUUUUCAGAAUGCAGUCCUGCUCAAAAGCCACGGGGAUACCACACUGCCGCGAGUACUGUGAUGGGAAUGUUGCAGAGUUUUAUUGUCCAGAAUGUGCUGCCAUGUUUUGCAGUUGUUGCUAUGAAAGAGAACAUUGUGGAAGUGAACGGAAAGCUCAGCAUGGGAAAUUAACUGAACUUAGAGCAAUUUGCAGUGAGCACAAACACACUCUUGAUUAUUUUAACCUGACCCUGCUUCAGCCAAUGUGCAUCAUUUGCAAAAAGGAGAGCGUGCUUUCACCUGAACGUGCAAACCAUGUUAUUGAACACAUAGAAACAAUUGUACCAAAACUGAGAUCUCUCAUGGAAAAGAAAUUACAAGAUGCUACUGAAUCAAUUGGAAAGAUAGCAUGUCAACUCACCAAUGUUGAAACUUCAGCUCGCAGUGGGAUGAAUGCUUCAAUCAGCCAUGUUCAGUGCUGUUUUGCCAAGUUGCGGCAGAUACUGGAUGAGAGGGAAGCCCAACUCAUGCAAGAUACAAAAAAGUAUUUUGAUGAGUUCCUGGAAAGUGGUGAAGGAAUAGUACAAGCAAGAAACACAUUAAGAAAUCUCAGGGCUCUCUCUGAAGAAGGUACCAUGUAUGAAAUUCUGAGCAUAAAGUAGUGUAAUUUCCUUCAACUCCAGUGGUGUCUUCUGAAGGAAUCAUGAUAAUUUGUAGUCAGUAGAAUGUACUGGCAUAAACUAAUAUAACAGAUGAUACCAAUGCACUCAAUGUCCACUCAGAUCUGAAUAGGGGUGCUAAAAAUGUUCCCCCAAAAUGAGUGGCAUUUUCACAUAUAAAACAUCCAAAAUGAAUUCUACAAUUAGUUAAUCAGUGGCUCUGUCUCGCACAGUAUCACUGUGUUCUGAUUUUUUUUUUUUAAAAAAGGCUUUUGUGCUUGAACCCAGUACAUUUCAAGUGACACUUUCUUAGUCAAUCAGGAUCAAGUGGUUGUACCAUCUUUACAUUUUAACAUAAAUAGAUAGUUCUUUUUUCCUCAAGUAUGCCUGCCUCAUCACCUGAAAACAUCAUCUUUCACCAUGAAAAUAAUAAUUCCUGAAUGUAUCAGUUAAUCAGAAGCAAAAAAUUUUGCCCUCUCUCUGUGAUGCUAGUAAACACCUAUCAGUUAACAUAUCAACCUUUCACUUGAACACUUCUCUAUAAGACUUAGGUAAGAGACCAGAGGGAAACUUUUUGAUGACAAGUUCAUGACAAUUUCCUUCUUGUAAUUUUAUUGAUAGGAAAAUUGCUUUUGAAUAAAGAUCCUAGAAGCCUUGUGGUAGAAUUUCCAGCAGUCUUCAUGCAUCUCAAAGAACUGUGUGCUUUAACAGCCAAUGAAUGCCAGAUGAAAAGCCUUAAAAUUGCAAUUUAUUUUGGACAAGACAUAGUAAAACAGCUAAGAAAAGCUGGGGUUAUGAGUGCACAGUAUUCUUCUCUGCCUAAAGGUAAGUGGAAACAGGGCACAAAACUUAAAAAAAAACCCUCAUCAACUUUUGGCUCCUAGCCACUAAAAUGAGGAAAAUGGUCACCAAUUUGAAAGCCACAUCUGUAUGUACCUGUUAGUACCACAAGUACAAGGUGUUUUUCAAUCCUGAAUGAUAUAUGAAGUGACUACUUGAGAUUCUGCUCCCAUCUUAAAAAAGAGGAACAGUGAUAUGGAUUACAUAUGCAGAAUAUGUUUUAAAUUUAAGUCUUAAUUUAAAACAUACAAAAAUUUAGUCACCAGGAUGGCGACUAAAGACCAGAACUUUAAGUUACCAGUGAGAAAAUGUGGGUCACAUUGGCACUUGUAUCAAUUACAAUCCCAAGCCCUAGGAAACUAUGUCAUUAGAGAGCCAUUAUAUACUUAGUCAUCCUUAACUUGUGAAUAUCUCUUUUUCUUGUAGACAUAAAAUUAGGGAAUGGACAGCAGGAGAACUCAAAUGAUGCAAAUUCUCAGUGUAGUUGCAGCUCUAUACAGGAUUAUCAUACAGGUAUUGUUAUACCACUUCAACCAAUAUGAAUCACAGUUUCCAGUUGGCAUAAAAAGUUAAGAAUGGAUGACAGCCAUCGAAAGCCCUUUUUUAGAUAGCUAUAAGAAAUAAGUUAUUAGUUGAGGAGAAGAUAGAACUAAGUAAUAAAAGCCUACCAAGUGUUGGUAGUGUCCUCAGCUGUAUUGGUAAAGUAUUGGCCCUUGUUAAGCAAGUAUUGUCUGACGUGUGUCAGUUGAGAGGCGACCAAUGUUGGUCAAUAUGUCAGCCAACUCUUAGUCAACAUGUCGACUGUUAUAGCAACGAACACUCAGACAACAAGUCAUCCUAUGGUAUCCACUGAACUUGAUUGACAGUUGCCUGUCAGUAUGCAUGAUCUUAAGAUUGCUUUUCAAAAUGAGUAUCGUAAAAACAAAACCCACAAAAAGUAAUGACAACACCCAAUCAGAAGAGAGGAAAAAGACAAUAAAAACUUACAUUUAAAACAAACCAACUACCUAAAGCUUGUGAUUGGUUCCAGUUUUUCAUCUGAUUGGUUCAAAAAGCAGUGUAAGUUUUCUGGACCAAUCUCAGAGCGAAGUAAAUCAAAACCAGGGCAAUCCCUGAUUACUUUAAACACUUUAUCAAAAAUGUGCUCUUUGUAUCUAAGACAAUGUAAUUCACAUAGGAAUGACAAACAACUCACAAUGACGUAGAGCAAUGUGGGUUUGUCAGCUUAAGGAAGUUGGUGUGGUGGCUAGAAAAACUCUUAGCCCAUUCCAGCUGAUCUCACUACAGAAUUUUAAUAUGAAAAUAGAAUUAUGAGUACCAUUGUACUUUAUUAUGCAGUAGAUGUUGAUACAAAGAAAUGCAUGCCAGACUCACCUCAGAAACCUUGCAAAGAACCUACUUCUAAACAAGCCGAGGAAAUUGAUGGGACAAUUGACUUCAUAGGAGUGUGUGACAAGUCACCAAUCUCAAGGAUGUCAUUAAAAGGUUUCCUUUAUUGUGUAGAGAGUAGUGUAGUAUUGCUGUACAAAGACAUUAUCAUGUCCCCUCCUCUUAACCCAAACACCAUACCUUUAAAAUCAGCAUGUGGGCAACUUUUUAUACCUUUAAUCAUAACCAUUACAAUUUCCUCAAACAUGAUUGGUGUAUUAGCUGCUUUAUUUUUCACUAAUCAUUCUGUACAGUUGUAAUCAGACAGUGUACUUGGACAGUUGAAGCAGCCAAUCAUACUAAGUCCACUCAACUAAAUCUACCAAUCACAGAAUUGAUCACAAUAACCGUAGCAACAACCAGUAUCCUAGGAAAAAAAUUGAGAAUUUCCAAAACUGAAGAAUUUUUUACUUUAGACAUUGUCUCUGCUGAAGAUGUUUGUCCUAAAUGUGUUUUUAUUUGUAACAGUUAUGGUUAAUUGGUAACAGGACCUUGUGUCAUCCAAUUCCAUCUGUAGUCAUACUAUUGUGAUUGACAAAUCUGACUCCCGCUUGGUGGUCAUCAGAUUCUGAAAAAUAUUUGAAAUUAUUGAAAUAUUGUUAUAUUUUUCUAUUGGCAUUAUGUCUGGUUUCUUGUAUAACAAAAUGUUAUACAGAUGGUUUCAAAACAGCUUUUUAGAAUGCUUUUCAAAGUGUCAAAUUGAAUUUUGGCCAAAUGUAUUUUUUCAUUUGCAAAAGGUUUUUCAGGUGUAAAGAGGCACUCUUCUGAUGUGUCUGGAAGUCCUCUCCAGGAAACUACACCUAAGAAAACCAGGAAGAUUGAUGCAACAAGUAAUUUCCCUGAAGAACAUGAAAAGUCACCCUUAUCAAGAACCCCAGUGAAAGCUGUGACAGGAACAGCAGGCAGAACCAUGCAAUCACCGUCACCUUUAAAGCUAUCCAAGCUGAACGAAUUGAGGGUCUUAUUGAAAAGAUCACCACAGCACAGCUCUGUUGCCUCUCCAAAUAGCAAAACUUAUGUGGCAUCACCAAGAAGAAAAAGAGGAGGAGCAUUGAGCAAAGAGUUUAUGGUGAUGUUAUUUGAUAAAUACACUUAUUUGAUGGUUUAAGAAAUAAAACAUGCUGAUAUUCUGCAGUUAUUUUCCCCAGCUCCAUAGGGAUGAGGAAAGAUACAAGCACUGAGCACAAUUUCUUCUUGUAUGAUAUGUUAAACUAUCAAACAAGGGAUUUAUCAUUCUCCUGUUAUUUCAUUUUCUAGAAAUUUGGCUUCUAGCUUUCGAAAUACUUCCUAUGGCCCUAUCUUAGCAUCAUAUUCAUCACAUAAGGCAUGCGUGAAAGAUGAAAACAAUGCUGAUGCACUUAAAUUUCAUGGCUUUUAAAGUCUCUUGUAAACUUUGUACUUUCUAUUCUCCUGGGCUCAGUUGUUUGAAGGCCGAUUCGCACUAACCUAAGGUUAAAUUUUUAUCUGGAUUGAUUUAUUCCUUUGUUUAAAAGCCCUUUUAGAAUAAUUUUGUGGUCUAUUCUUUUUAGAGCAUUCAAUAUCAAGUUGUAGCCAAAAACAAUUUAUGCUGAAUUUUCUGCCAAAUCUUUCAAAUCUAAAAUCCGAUUUCACACAUACUUUGGGUUAUCUUAACCCAGCUUCAGGCAACCUGGCCCUGGUCUGCCCUGCUUAAUUCACCUGGCCACAGUUGUUCCAAGGGUAUAUAAUGCUAUCCAAUGAAUAAGUCUCUAUUUGUUGUUAGUCCUGUUUGUUUUUGUGAACACUUAUCUACUGAACAGUGGUUUAUCCAGAUAGCAUAAUGGGCCCUUUUCACAACAUUGCCUUUGUUGGAGCCUCUUGAAGUUAAAAAUUUUCUUUUCAAUUUCCAAAGUUAGCCCUUCUGUGAAAACUGAAACCAAUAAAAUUUAUGUAUUGGAAAUGGAUGAGGUGUUGCGGUUUGGUCAUGUCUGAAAUCAAUCUUGGAGAAUCACUCAUUUGUCUCAUUUCUUGCCCUCAUGUAUAUUAUGUAGUGAUUCCAGAAGCACUGGUUGCAUCUUCAAAUUUAGGGCCAAGUUGGAGAGUUUGUGUUUCCUUAUCAAUUCAGUUUUAAAAGUUGCCAUAUUAAUGCAACUUUUCCGUUCUUGCAGAAGUGUGACAUAAUUCUAAAAGAAAUAUGGGCCCAUGAUGAAAGUAUUCCAUUUGUUCGACCUGUGGAUAAAAAACAGGUAAGCAUAUAAAAUCUUAAGUAAAUCUUUCAACUGUCAGGAGCCGUCCAUUCCUCUCACUAAUUUGUUCAUAUUUAUUUCAAAGUUUUGGUGUGAUAUCUUACGGUUAAUGUGAUAUCUUAACGAUUUCACCGACCCAAUACAUGUGAAUGUAAAUGUAUUUUGUUUUUAGUCACCAGAUUACUAUAAAGUCAUCAAGAAGCCUAUGGACCUGUCUGUUGUAAAAGAAAAAUUGCAUUCUCUUCAAUAUACAUCUGUCGUGGACUUCCUAAAGGACAUACGUUUGAUGUUGAACAACUGUAAAACGUUCAAUAAGGUACAGAAUCGGUUUUUUUUUUCGAUAAGGCAGGUUAAUAGAGGAGGCAACUAGACAGCUGAUGUGGAAAAAUUAUCUCUAAGCAAUUGUCCCCUGUGGAUACGACAAACUUGUUUGUUAUAGGCUCUGUUUGAUUUGACCACACACACAAACCCCUUUUGUAAAAUACAAAAUUAUUUACUGUCCAAAUCGACCAGUCUAAUACUCCUCCCCCCUCAUGUUCCCAGGAUUUUUAUGAUUUUACCAGGUUGUUCGAACAGUGGGUUACGCUAUACACUUGUCAGAUAGUGUUAUCCGCCCUUUAUACAACUGGGCCCUGGUGGAUAGCAAAGGUUGCUUUAUCUGCUUUGCGGUUUGUCUAUUAUAUCGCAUUAUCCGCCCUUGCUGUUUUUCAUUACCAAGAGUGUAUUGCCAAUCGCUCGUGUGAGGGUGGUCCUGAAAGGAGUAUUGUAAGUGACACUUCAAGUGAUACUUUGUCGCUCAGGUCGACUAAACGUCACUCGCUACCACCAAUAGGGACCAAUAGCAAUGCUUUGUAGAACUACCCGAUAGAACUUCACUGUCACUCUUGGCUCACACCAUUUGCUGUAUGGCAGGGAUUUUGUUCUCUUCUUUCUUAAAGAUAAAUAAAACAGUCUCCACAAAAAAUGCCACUUGAAAAUUUAAUCUUCUUUUUGCUAUCCAAAAAGAUAAUUUGCAUGAAACAAGUGUGUCAAUAAAUGUUUUCGUAAGCGGCCACCGAUGAUGUAAUAGGCGGCUGCGCCGUAAGGCAUAACCCCAAAACGAGAGCCUGCUUGUAGGCUCAACAGACGGCAGUGAGAGGUCCCACAGUCAGCGGUAGACCGCCGUUAACUUGCUUUUAUGGAAACCCCUGCAUAGAACCUCUGUGAAAGAUUCUACAGUGUUUUCUUUUCCUUCCAUAGCCGGGCACGUACGUGUAUGAUUCAGGUGAAGGAUUGAGCAAAAUCUUCAACCAUCUGGUACAAGAAAACUUUCCAAACUUUGAAGAAGCGCUUCUGCAAAAUUCGGAGGAUGGGACUGAGUGAUUGAUAAUAGAAAUACUUCAAGACGAAUAAGUAUAAUUGCAC